UAUUAAAUUUGGAAGAGAAAGUGAAAGUGUAAAUCGUGCAGGAAAUCCCCUGCUUGUUUUCAUGGUAGAAAAUAUUUACUCCUGCAUCCACAUUAGUUUUACCCGAAGCUUGUGUGUGACGAAGCUCUUUACUGAGUAACAGGUGCUGUCAAGAAGGAUCGGUCAUGAGCCAUUGUACGACCAAGCCAAAGGUGAUCUCGGUGCUCCAUGAGUGACAUCACAGCAUUUAGUAACUGCUAUUUCCAGUGUCCAGGUUGCCAUCAGGAAGUUGCCACGAGCUCGAAGGCACAGUGUGUUCCCUGCAAAUUGUGUUCCAAAGUCAAACGUCGUGUGUUUCGCUUCUGCUGGGAUUGUCAGCGAGAGUGGCCACAGAGCGCUUCAUCUAGCAGCAGCUGCACACUGCAGAACUGUGCUCUCCGGGCUGCUCUGCUCUCAGACACACGAAUCAGUGAUCACAACAGUUCGGCAUUUGGAUGUCCCUAUUUCAGGGCCUGUCCUAGAUGCAACGCUCUGCUCACACACAAUGGACAAGGCUGUCCCAACAUUGAAUGCCCCAAGUGCGGAACAGAAUUCUGCUUUCGUUGUCUUCGCCCAGAUUGCCUUGGCUUAGGAUUACGUUUCCUGAAUAUUUUAAGGGAUGUGCAGAGACUGACUGAUGCUAGACUAAAUUGCACGAUAGUGGGUAAUGCCCAGAGUCUGAUGAGAAUUCCUUAGCAGAAUCUGUCUGUAAGAGAUCAAAUCCGAAAUCAAUCUCCUGGAGUAGGGAUGAAUAAAGCUUUAUAAUAAUGUUAAGGUUACAGGUUAAUGUUAAGGAUAAGGCUCUGCUUUUAUGUAUAUAAAAAAUAUAUUUUACUCUUUCUUAAUGAAAAUAUACUCGUAAUGGUAAGUAAUGGUACUGAAUUCAUUUUUAGUAAUCAAACAUGAUUUCUGUGUACAAAGGUAAAUGUUUGGUAAAAAUCGUUGACAUGUAACCUGACGGAAUGAUUGAUGGAAUAAUCCAAUUGUUACUUUUAUGUAAAAGAUCAGAAAACUUUAAACAAGUAAGUACUAGAUUCAAUAAAGUAUAAGAGAAA